GCAGCCACCGGCGAAUAUGGGCAAUCAGUGUGGCAAUCGCCGGCGUCAUCACCGUAUCGCGAUACUUAUACGGACAAGCCAGCACCGCUGCACUCGACCUGCCAUCUCCCUGCCUCGCCGCGUCCCAUAUCCUCCUUUCUUAUUGACCCAACAACUUGACAAUAUGGUACGUGCUUCCCAUCCUGCACGCGUCCACCACCGCUCAUCGCAGCGAUCGCAUGCCGCCGUCGCCGCCACAGGCCUCCCAGUCCGGCGUCGCGGUGAACCCUGAGUGCUUGGAGACGUACCAGACCCUGAAGCUCGGGAAGAAGAUCAAGUACAUCAUCUACACGCUCAACAAGGACCACACAGAGAUCGUGGUCGAGAAGCAGUCCGAGAGCCCGGACUACGACGAGUUCAUCGCGGACCUCCCUGAGGCCGAGCCUCGCUGGGCGGUGUACGACUUUGAGUUCGAGAAGGAGGGCGCAGGGAAGAGGAACAAGAUUACAUUCUUCUCCUGUGGUCUAACACGGCUCGGAUUCGUGCGCAGGUCCCCAGAUGACUCCAAGAUCAAGCAGAAGAUGUUGUUCGCCUCAUCCAAGGACGCCCUGAGACGUUCGCUUGUCGGCAUCGCUGCUGAGAUCCAGGGCACCGAUUACAGCGAGGUCGCGUAUGAGAGUGUGCUGGACAAGGUCUCCCGAGGAGCCUGAGCGACGAUUCUGUCCGAUUUCCACUUAUACCUCCCUCUACUCUGUGCCGCCGUGCUCCAUACUGGCCUGCCGUGUAUAAUCCCAAAUCGGACGCCACACUACCUCACCGAAGAGCGGAAGAAAUGUUGUAGAGUUGCAGAUAAUCGCCGGAUCGCUGGUGUAGUAACAAAUCGAAGUCCCUUUCACGAUGCGCUCAUACCCGGGGUCCGAUGCCCAUCUGCUGACGCGUAUCUGUGGUCUAUUCCGGCGCAGUAAGUAUACAAACUGCACUGCAGGUAUGGCCAGUUCGUCGAAUACAGUCGCAUUGCCCCCAUGGCGAGGGCCAACGCCUAGCAAACUUACUGAUCCUUGUUGAAUAGAGUAGGACUACCAAAUAGGCAGUGAUGACUCAAAGCACGCUUGUUCUGUUACUACAUCAGUUGGUCGAGUGGUC